AUUCAUCAUGGGAGCAUGUCCAAGUGAACCACAUGGACACGAGUUCUAAAGACAAGAGCAAGAUCCACAAGUUCUUUCCAUCUAGAACUCCGACAAAGAAUGAAAUUGUGUUUGCGGCACCAACAGGAGAGAAAAUCCAUACCAGGAGGCAUAUGGAGAAGUAUUUGAAGGAAAACAGUGGCCCAAAGAUCUCAAAAUUUGAUUGGGGCAAAGGCGAGACUCCAAGAAGAUCAGCAAGAAUCAUUGACAAGGCCAAGGCAGCUCCUCUAGUAGAGCAUCAAAGUGAGCCCCCUAAGAAACAGGGCAAAAAGUCAGCAACUUAUUUAAAAGCAUCAAAACGGAAGAUUGAUGACAGAGUUGAAGGGUCUGAAGUUGUCCAGACUAAAGAUGAAGAAAAGGUUGGAAAACCAGCAAAGGAGAUGAAGAAAAGAUGGUGGAAUAGAGAUUGGAAGCUUGGUCAAAGCUCCAAAUAAUGAAUAGAAUAAACUCUUGGCUUCUGUCUUCUUUCACUCUGAUAACGCCUUUAAUUCUAUCCGAUGAUGACCGUAGUUUUUGUUGUUUAUUUGAUAAACCAUUAAACCAUUGGCC